CUUUUCUUCUUGAACUCCGUCGCAAAUCUUCUCCCUCACGACGAUCCUUCCUUUUCACCUUCCCUCUUCCUCUCUCUUCCUCUUCUCUCUCUCUCUCGAAAUUCCUCUGUUCCAUUAAACCCUGAAUUAGAGAACUUUUUCCAGUGUGAGAUCCGGGAGAAGCAGAGAAGAAGAAGAAGAGUAAUCGGAAAUCGGGCCCAAAAGGAGCUGCCGGAGAAGAAAAAGGAAAAGAUAGGGGAGGAGGAGGAGAAUCGCUCAAAGGGAAAGCAAAAGUUGGAGAUUUAUUAGAAAGAAACUCGUUCGACGCUUUGCUUUCUUUCUUUCUCCCGUUUUGGUUGAUUCUCCUCUCCGUGGGGGUUUUUUUUUUCUCCAUUGAGGGAAGGCGAGAGCUUUCCCUUUUCUUCAAAGCAGAUGGGUAUUGCUGUCGGCGGUGAUGCGUUAAGGGUUCUUUGCCCCUGCUUUUCUGCCAAAACUGCAAACCAAAGAUUGUUGACUGUGGUGAAACAAUAUGAGGAGUAGACAUAGGACAAGAACUGGGAGCAGCAACACAGUUAGGAAAGAUUUUCGGAAUAUAAUGAAGUGUUUCUGCUCUGGACAGCAACUAGUAGCGGCGGAUGAGAUGGUACCUGGGUCGGGGGAUACACCUUCGCCAAGGUAUCACACAGCGAGUGCUCGUUCAUCUAGAAGUAGCAAAAGUGGGGAGGCAGGCCUGAAACCAGAUGCCAGCAACAUAGAGGAAGCUGAAUUAUCCCUUCGAGGGCGUGGCUCGUUGAAUAAUGAGGAAGCUAGAGCAUUGUUAGGGAGAAUUGAAUAUCAGAAAGGAAAUUUUGAAGCCGCGUUACAGGUCUUUGAAGGUAUAGAUCCUUCUGCAGUCACUCCUAAAAUAAAAUCUAGUAUUGCCAGACAUGGUGAUCAACGUAGGAGGCCAUUACAGAAUUACAACAGCCCUCCUUUGUCUAUGCAUGCAAUCAGCUUGUUGCUGGAAGCUGUAUUUCUGAAAGCUAAAUCGUUGCAACAUCUCGCAAGGUUUGAAGAAGCUGCUCAAUCAUGCAAAGUUGUUGUGGACAUAGUUGAAUCUUCUUUACCAGGAGGCUUGCCUGAAAACUUUGCUGCUGACUGUAAAUUACAGGAGAUUGUAAGCAAGGCAGUUGAGUUGCUUCCAGAAUUAUGGAAACAUGCAGAUAAUUCACAUGAGACAAUUAUGUCUUACCGACGGGCUCUCCUUUAUCGUUGGAACCUUGAUGUCCACACCACUGCAAGGAUCCAAAGGGAGUUUGCAAUUUUUCUUCUGUACAAUGGUGGGGAAGCAAGUCCUCCAGACCUGCGCUCCCAGAUGGGUAGUUCGUUUGUACCUAGAAAUAACUUAGAAGAGGCCAUAUUGUUAUUAAUGAUUCUGCUGAGACAAAUCUCUCUUAAGAAGAUUGAGUGGGAUCCAUCAAUCUUGGACCAUUUGUCAUUUGCUCUCUCAGUAUCUGGGGAUCUAGUAGCAUUAGCCAACCACAUUGAGGAAUUGCCUCCAGGAACAAUCAGCAGAAGGGAAAUGUACCAUACUCUUGCCCUCUGUUAUUGUAGUGCUGGGGAGGAUAUGGUGGCUCUAAAUCUACUUAAGAAACUGUUGCACAACAGUGAGGACCCAAAUUUUGUUCCUGGUUUGCUAAUGGCUUCGAAGAUUUGUGGGACGACCCCUCAACUUGCUGCAGAAGGUGUAAAUUAUGCCCGUAGAGCCCUUCAAAAUGUGGACAAUGGAUGCUAUCAAUUAGAAAGCACUGCCAAUCUUCUGUUGGGAAUAUCACUAUCCUCGUGCUCAAGAUCAGCAUUUGCAGACUCCGAGAGGGUCCCCAAACAGUCUGAGUCACUUAAGGCCCUUGAAACUGCUGCCAAAAUGACCAAUUUGGAACACACAGAUAUUCUGUACCAUCUCAGUCUAGAGAAUGCAGAGCAGAGAAAGUUAGAUUAUGCACUUCAUUAUGCAAAGAAGUAUGUGAAACGGGAAACUGGCUCGAGUGUCAAAGGAUGGUUACUCUUGGCACGGAUCUUAUCAGGUCAGAAACGCUUUUUUGAUGCUGAAAAUGUCAUCAAUGCUGCAUUGGAUCAGACUAGUAAAUGGGACCAGGGAGAGCUCUUGAGAACUAAAGCUAAGCUACAGGUUGCUCGACGCCAUGUAAAGAGUGCCAUUCAGACGUAUACACAACUUCUAGCUGUCAUUCAAGUUCAUAAUAAGAAUUUUGGCUCGGGAAUGAAGCUACAUAAGGUUUGUCAGACUGAUGGAAUCCCUGCUAGACAAUUGGAAUUGGAAGUCUGGCAUGAUUUAGCCUCUCUAUACAUAAGCCUAUCUCGGUGGCGAGAUGCUGAGGUCUGCCUUUCUAAAUCCAAAGAGAUUCAGUCUUACUCAGCUACUAGAUGUCAUAUCACCGGCACCCUUCUGGAAAAGAAAGGCCUCCUAAAGGAAGCACUGAAGGCAUUCAUAAUGGGGUUGAGCAUCGACCCGGUCCAUGUCCCGAGUUUGGUAUCCACUACAGUUGUUCUGAGGAAGCUGGGCGGCGGAUCCAAUGAAAUAUUGAGAAGCUUUCUAAUGGGGGCACUGCGGCUCGACAGAUUGAAUAUACAGGCUUGGUACAACCUUGGCUUGGUGCACAGAGAUGAGGGUUCCCCUUCAUCAUUGCUCGAAGCUGCCGAGUGCUUUGAAGCUGCCACCCUUCUUGAAGAAACCGAACCGGUUGAACCUUUUAGAUGAAAUCAUGGGAUGGUGCUGUAACUUGUUUGCUGUAACACAGGAAGAUGUAAGAAUUUGUACCACCUCGUAUAUACACUGAUAUGAUGACCUCCCCCACUGAGUUUUGGUACAUAAAAGUGAAAUAUAAAUCGUGGAAUAAAGAGUUCAUUUUGUCUCUUUGCCAACUCUCUUCUUUUCCUUCAAGGGGCACAAUGACUUGGAAAACUAUUAGCAUCCCCAGUCCCCACGAGUCGAGAGGAGACAUAGUAAACAAUUAUUCAUAAUCAGAAAAGUUUCACUCUCCU